GAACUCGGCGUACACAGUGCGAGAAAAUAAAUAUCGUAGUGAUUGAGUGCAUUUCGGUGCAAGCGAAGCAUUCCAGCGACGAGAAGCGAGUACUCGCUCGUUCGCGUAUCAUGGAUUAAAAAAGAAAUUUAUCCGAACUGUCACCAUUGCACGAGUCGUCGAUCUCUUUCUCUCUCUCUCUUUUUCUUUCUCUCUCUCUCUCUCUCUCUCUCUCUCUCUCUCUCUCACUUUUGGAAUAAUCGUCUCGUCGCCGAUUUUUUUUCUUCUUCGGCAAUAUGGACGAAAACUUGAGCCGGGGAUACGUCCAGCUGGGCAAGGCCAGAGGCAUGAACGAGUUCAAAUUCUCCAACGGAUUUACACAUCUUUCACCGCCCGUUGACAAAUGCAACUUUAUUUACACGGCUCUGAUGCUCGGCGGCAUUGGUUUUCUUCUGCCUUACAACAGCUUCAUUAUAGCGGUGGAUUAUUUUCAAGCUAGGUAUCCAGGAACUACCGUGAUAUUUGACAUGUCUGUCGUUUACAUCAUUAUGGCUUUCUUCGCAGUCUUUGCGAAUAAUAUUUUAGUAGAGACUUUGUCGCUGAAUACGCGAAUUACAUUUGGAUAUCUGGUAUCCUUCGUUACUUUGAAUUUUGUGGUGAUCUGCGAAAUUUGGUGGGAACUCUUUGGCGUUGCAACUUCCUAUACUAUCAAUUUGGUUGCUGUCGCUAUAGUGUCGCUCGGUUGUACAGUUCAGCAAUCGAGUUUUUACGGAUAUACAUCAAUGCUUCCUAGUCGAUAUACCCAAGCUGUGAUGACUGGAGAAAGUGUCGCCGGUUUUUGGGUGUCAAUCAAUCGUAUAGUAACAAAGUCUCUACUCAAUGAUGAACGUGGCAAUACAUCCAUGUUCUUUAUUGGAUCAAAUAUGACGAUCUUGUUAUGUUUUGUGCUACAUCAAGUAGUACGAAAGACUGAUUUUGUGCAAUUUUACAUAACGCUAUGUCAAGAAAGAAAUCGAAUCACGUUAGAACCAACGGAGGAUGUCGGCCUGAUGGAUCCAUUGGAUCAAGUAGGCGAUCCCUCGAAAGGCCAAUACGGAGUUUUGAAGAUUCAAACGAGUCCAUUGGGAACAGAAUCUGCGAGUGGAAGUACUGAUUUGAAUGCAGGGCAGUAUUCUGCUUUCUCGUUCAGCAAUCCGGUAUACGAGCCUAGUGCUCCUUCGGGUAAUCCGCCUGGUAGCGCUGGACCAACUUACAAGGUUGAAGAUGUCGUGGUUAUGAGAGGAGUUUACGGAACACAAAGUACCGCAAGUACGCCAUGGUCAGGCAUAAAAAGAGGUUUACUCGCGAGACUCGAAGUGGCCAAAUUAAUCUUUCCCUACAUGGCCAGCAUUGGUGCUGCUUACUUCGUAACGCUCUGCCUCUAUCCAGGAAUUGUAUCAGAAAUAAUAUCUUGUAAAUUCGAGUCAUGGAUGCCAGUUAUUUUGAUGACCGUCUUUAAUGCUUCUGAUUUACUCGGCAAGGUAUUUGCACUGAUACCUUAUGAAUGGAAACGAACUCAGUUGCUUUAUUUCUCUAGCGCACGGGCCAUACUCAUUCCUCUAUUUUUGCUUUGCGCAAUUCCGCGUGGUGCUCCUAUUCUCUCUGGUGAGGGAUAUCCGCUUCUAUUCACUUGGCUACUUGGCCUCACAAAUGGUAUAGUUGGUUCCAUACCUAUGAUUCAGGCACCUAGUAAAGUACCGGAGGAACAUCGAGAACUCGCAGGUAAUAUUAUGACUUUAUCGUACACUACUGGUUUGACCAUUGGAUCUCUUUUGGCAUAUAUGAUGGAUGCCUGUCUUGGACCACCUGUGCAAGUUAAGGACGUGUGUUUAAAGAUGGCAAAGGUUCAAGCUGGUCAAACUUCAACAACUGCAUUUGCUAAUGUAACUGCGAGCAUUCUAACAACCGCGAUAUCUUCCACUUUACCUGUUGUUGAAAGAACAACGGCAAUAUCAAAGCCGAAGACUACCGACAAUGUGCUAACCACGAUUCUGAUGUCAACGUUAUUAUUGUCGAACAGCACCAUGAGCUUAGUGAGCGAUGGGGGAUUAUUGGAUGCGUCAACGACGGCCUUACCGAAGAUUUUAGCUAAUGCUACCUCGGCGAGCAAUGCAAUUUUGCAGCAUUAGGGCGCAUAUAUUUCUGUGCUGUGUUAAAUCUGGUGCUUUCACAUAAAUGUGACGAAAAGAGAGAGCGAGAGAGAGAGAGAGAGAAAGAGACAGAGAGAAUGUAUGUCUGUCUAUACACGUUUGUUUGAGACUGACAAUGAGCAAGUGUACGCGCGCGCGCGCGUGUGUGUGUGUGUGUGUGUGCGUGCGCGUGCGUGCUUGAAAAUGAUAUAAAAGUUGAAAAGAGUUGCUACAAGGCUGAACAUUCAGAUUGGUUGCAUCUUUAAGUUGACAUAAAAAUAAUCGCAGAAUUUGUUUUUAUUUCUUAUUAUUAUUAAUUGCGAGAUUUAAUAUUUAUAUUGUUGCUCAUAUUAUGUGUUGUCUUAAAAUUGGUUUUUUGUUUAAUUAUGUAUACGUCAUAUUGGCUCUGAAGAAGUAAAAAAUGGUUAAAAAGUGCAACAUAUAGUUCAGAUAACUCGUAUUAGCAAAGCCCUUGAUCUUGAAAAAGCUUUUCCAAACGUUUCGCAUGAUUAAACAAUUCUGUAGAAAAGAUAUAAAUUUUAGAAAAAUAAGCAUUAAGAUUAAAUAAAAAAUAAAAUGUUAAACACAACUGCAAUAUGAAUAUACAUAAUGCACAUACCCAUAUAUGUAUAAAUUGAGCGCAAAGAAUAAGUUUCAAAACCAUAUGUAACGUGAACAAAAAAUAUAAAUAUAGUAAAUCAAGUUUAGUAUAAUAAAGAAAAAAAAGUAAAAUCGGCACACAAUAAUAAUAAUAAUAAUAAAAGUUAUUCAUGAUGGAUACGUUAUAGACAUUCGGCACGCAAAUUCAAAGUGUUCCCGUACUUAUUCUUGUAAAUUGUGUGUAAUACACUAAACAUUGGUUCGUGAAUAAAAAUUGAUUUUACAUUUUAUUUCAUGGAGAUUUUCAUUGAGACAUUAAUAUUUAUUUACGUGCAAGCUAUAUAAUUAGUUAUUUUUUGAAAUUGGUCUGAAAUAUCGCCAGAUUAAACACAGGCACAAAGAAAUUGAGAGAAAUUGAUAUAUCAAUUGUGCAAAACAUUGCACAUAAUAAAAGUAAUUUGCGAGAGAUACACGCGUGAACUCUCGAACGUUUCCUUUUUGUUGAGAAUAUCAUUGCGUGCCUUUUGUUUCGUAUUGGCAAAUCACUUUUCCAAAUGCUUUUAAAAGUUCUAAAGGAAUGUUAUUUAUUAUUAACAAUUGUUAUUAUUAUUUUUCUUUGAUAAGAAACUUUGUAUGUAUGUACAUAUUCUAUACAUUGUUUUUGUUAUUGUUUUAAUGCGUUACGUAUACUGUUAGUAGACUAUAUUGAUAGUUGACAAUUAAGAAAUUUUUGCUGAUAAAGUUAUCUUAGCACGAGUACAGGGUGAUUCCUGGGUAUAACCUGAAAAUUGCAAAUAAUUCAAGAAAUCUUUUACGAAAAAAUAUUAUUCAAAUAUGGAGUGUUGUGUGCUUUUAUGGGAGAAGUAAGAUAAAGAGUACCAUAUGUUUAAUCUUCCAAGGUCACUUUUUCUUUGUUAAUUGGAUUUAACUAAUAUAUAUCACUUUUCUUUUAAUACAAUAAGUGAGUCUUUUAAUCCAUCGAUUGAUCAAGAGAUCGCGAUUAAUCUAAAAAUCUUUCUACUUAUUAUUUCGUUAUUGUUAAUCGUAAAAGGAUCUUCAAACAAUUGCGACUUGUAACGAUAAAAUAUUGUAUAUUGGUUAUUUAACAAAUCAAUUGCUGUAAAUAGCUUAUCAGCACGCGUUUUGUCGUUAAGAUGUUUGUUUGAAGAGCAUAUUAUGAUUAACAAUUAGAAAAAUGACAAGUAAUAAUUAUAUAAUUGUAUAAUUCGUAAUAAUUAUAGUGAUAAUGGCAUCUAUGAAAAUCAAUUCAAAACUAGUGUUUUGAAACCAAUUAAUGUGUUUAUUAGCUUUAAGAAUUUAUCAAAGAAAAUAAUUGUCAUUUAAAAAACAGAAAUGACCCAAGAUCGAACAUGCUACACCUAUCUUAUAUCCGCUAUAUCAUACAACUUUUAUUUGAAACAUUUUUUUGUAAAGAGCUUUUUUUAUAUUGUCACGUUACGUAAACUACCCUAUGUACCCUGUCAAGUCGUUAUAUACAUCUCUCCAUGUGUGAAUAUAGUUGACACAUAAAUGUAAAAUACGUAUAUGUAUUUAUGAUACACACUAAACGUCAUAAUUAUUUUACAUUCACUUGAAUACAUGGCAUUCUCUAGGUGUAUUAAAGAAAAAAAAAAAAUUUGAAAACAUUAUGUUUGUACCACAUUAUUACAACUAUCCGUAAUAAUAAAAGUGGACAAUACCGAGCAAUAACUGACAACUACUAACUAUAGUAUUCGCAGAUAUGCAAAAGUUUGCUUUAACUUUUAUUUCAUGCAUUUAUUCUUUAAUUUAUUAUUAACUUUAAUUAGUUACUUUUAUGAAAUAAAUAUAAAAAUUAUUUUAUUCCGUGCGAAUAUUAUUUAAUCUUAUUAGUAUACAAAUUUUCGAUGAAAACAUCAAAUCUCAAUAAUUUCACAAUAUUCUCUUUUAUUUUUAUAAAAUGUAAUAUGUAUAAAAAAUGCAGAAGGUCGUUUACAAUUUGCUUGUAAUAUAUAUUAAUGUUACUAUGUAAUACUCAUCUAGUGAAUGUGAAUGUGAAUGAUUAAAAAUAUUUAUGAUACGUCCAGACCACUUAAAAAGAAAAUGAUUGAUUUUCUUACAUACACAUACAUACACACACACACACACACACACACACGCACGCACGCACACACGCACACACACACACACACACACACACACACACACACACACACACACACACACAGAAUGUCCUCUCUUUUACCUUUCUAGCUUCGUUACUCUCGUGUUAUCUGCUCAAGACAUAUCCAAUGUUACGUAGGAAAUUGUAAUCAAAUUUGUAAAUUUAAGACGUAGUUAGUGAUAUAUGAUGAAAAAACAUAAUAUACUCAAUCAUGCGAUUGAUUAAAUAUA